AGAGCCCAGAAGCCCUGCCCUGCUGUGAUGUAAUGGUGUUUAUAUUAAACAGCCCCCACUGCUCUCUGAAUUUUACACUCGUUGACUCCACGGGCAGAAGAGGAAGAAGCAAAUCAACAUGAUUUAUGAGCUCUGCUCCCCGGCUCAUAAAGACUCUACAGAUUCAGUUCUCUCAGUCUGCAGGAGAAUCUACAAUUAACAAGACUUCAGUCAGGAAAAAGACAGCUGUUGUUUCUCUGGAGAAAUGAAGACGAAGGAGGACCUACUGAAAACUCUGGAGGAUUUGAUAGAGAAGGACUUUGAGGACUUCAAGUGGUUCCUAAAGGAUGAGAGUCUGGAAGGCCACCAAGCCAUCAAAGCAUCCCAGCUGGAGAAGGCAGAGAGACGGGACACUGUGGAUCUGAUGGUGCAGACCUACCAACUUCCUGGAGCUGUGGAGGUGACCAAGAAGCUUUUAAAGAAGAUCAACAGGAAUGAUCUGCUGCAGAGUUUAUCAGACAGCAGCUCAGGACCAGAAGUGGAUGUCAGUGAUGAUUGGGAGGCUUCAGAGAACAGAGGACCUUCCUCCUCUCAGACUCGUCCUCCUCGUCCUCUUCCUGAACUUUCCAAGGACAGCAGUCAGAGUGAAGAUGUGAUCGUUCCGGUACCAGAGCCAAAACCCAUCACACAUUACCAACACAUGCUUCGGUCAAACCUCCGAGACAGAUUCAUGUGUGCACAAGAGGGGUGGACAGCGGAUAAGCAACAUCUGGUUGAUAUCUACACAGAGCUGUACAUCACAGCUGGUGGUGACGUACACAUCAACACACAGCAUGAGGUCAGACAGAUAGAAAUGGCAGGGAAGCCAGCAGAAACAGAUAAAGCUCUUAAACCCAGUGACAUGUUCAAACACCCUUCUGGAGAAUACAGACCCAUGAGAACAGUUCUGACCAAUGGAAUCGCAGGAAUUGGAAAAACAUUCCUCGUACAUAAGUUUGUGAUGGACUGGGUUGAAGGAAAAACUAAUCGAGAUGUGCAUCUCAUUUUUCCCUUCACCUUCCGUCAGCUGAAUCCACUGAAGGGAGAAAAGUUUUGUUUGGCAGAGCUCAUUCAUGAAUGCAUCACAGAAACUAAAGACAUCAAAGAGGAAGCUCUAAAUCACAUCUUUACAACUCUACAGUCAUCAGGAAACACCAACUAUGACAAGAGCAAAUACAAGCUUUUGUUUGUGUUUGAUGGAUUGGAUGAGAGCCGCCUUCAACUGGACCUUAAUGGCAACGACGUUCGCUCCAUUGAUGUAACAAAGUCAGCUAGAGUAGAAGUACUGCUGAGGAAACUCAUCAAUGGGAAACUGCUACACUCAGCUCGCAUCUGGAUAACCACACGACCUGCAGCAGCCAAUCAGAUCCCUCGAAACUUUGUUGACAGCAUGACAGAGGUCAGAGGGUUCAUUGACCCACAGAAGGAAGAGUACUUCAAGAAGAGAUUCAGAGAUGAGCAGCAAGCCAACACAAUCAUCUCCCAUAUCAAGACCUCACGAAGCCUCCACAUCAUGUGCCACAUCCCAGUCUUCUGCUGGAUCACUGCUACAGUUCUGGAAGAUGUGUUGAAAAGCAGAGAGGGAGGAGAGCUGCCCAAGACCCUGACUGAGAUGUACUCAGAAUUCGUGGUGUUUCAGAUUGACUGGACCAAAGAAAAAUAUGGCCCAGUAAAGUGCAUUCAGUACAUUAAAUCAUUAGCAAAACUAGCUUUCCACCAGCUUGAAAAGGGCAAUCUGAUCUUCUACGAGAAAGAUCUGAGAGAGAGUGGCAUUGAUUUCAAUGAGGCCUCAGUGUGCUCAGGAGUGUUCACACAGAUCUUUAAAAAGGAGUGUGGGAAGAAGAAGAUGUUCAGCUUUGUCCAUCUGAGUGUUCAGGAGUUUCUUGCUGCUCUCCAUGUGAAAAUGUCACUCAUCAACAGCAACAAAAAUGUGAUGCCUUUUCCACAACCAACAGUCCAAAACCUGCGACUGCUUUUAAAGAAAACCUGUAUAAAGAAGAUCCACAGGAUUGCUAUCAUAAAUGCCUUACAGAGUCCCAAUGGACAUCUGGACCUGUUCCUUCGCUUCCUCCUAGGCCUUUCUCUGCAGACCAAUCAAGACAAACUAGAAGACCUGCUGAUAAAGAGAGAAGGUAGCUCAGAGACCAAUCAGGAAACAGUCAAGUACAUCAAGAGGAAGAUCAGUGAGAACCUGUCUGCAGAGAGAAGCAUCAAUCUGUUCCACUGUCUGAAUGAACUGAAGGACCAUUCUCUAGUGGAAGAGAUCCAACAGUACCUCAGAUCAGGAAGUCUCUCCACAGAUAAACUGUCUCCUGCUCAGUGGUCAGCUCUGGUCUUCAUCUUGCUGUCAUCAGAAAAAGAUCUGGACGUGUUUGACCUGAAGAAGUACUCUGCUUCAGAGGAUGCUCUUCUGAGGCUGCUGCCAGUGGUCAGAGCCUCAAACAAAGCUCGGUUGAGUGGCUGUAAUCUGUCAGAGAGAAGCUGUGCAGCUCUGUCCUCAGUUCUCAGCUCCCAGUCCUCUAGUCUGAGAGAGUUGGAACUGAGUAACAAUGACCUGCAGGAUUCAGGAGUGAAGCUGCUCUCUGCUGGACUGGAGAAUCCACACUGUACACUGGAGACUCUCAGGCUGUCAGGCUGUCUGGUCACAGAGGAAGGCUGUGCCUCUCUGGCUUCAGCUCUGAAAUCCAACCCCUCCUAUCUGAGAGAGCUGGAUCUGAGCUACAAUCAUCCAGGAGACUCAGGAGUGAGGAUGCUGUCUGCUGGACUGGAGGAUCCAAACUGGAGACUGGACACUCUCAGGGUGGAACAUGGUGGAGAGCACAGGCUGAAACCUGGUGUGAGGAAGUAUGCCUGUGAACUCACACUGGACACAAGCACAGUGAACAACUACCUCAAAUUGUCUGACAACAACAGGAAAGUGACAUAUGUAACACAGGAGCAGCCAUAUCCUGAUCAUCCAGAGAGAUUUGAUGUCUGGACUCAGCUGCUGUGUAGAAAUGGUCUGACCGGUCGCUGUUACUGGGAGGUCGAGUGGAGAGGAAGGGUUCAUAUAGCAGUGAGUUACAGAGGAAUCAGAAGGAAAGGAGGCAGUGAUGCCUCCAGGUUUGGAGGGAAUAAUCAGUCCUGGAGUCUGAGGAGCUCUGAUCGUGAUGGUUACUCUGUCUGGCACAAUAACACAGAAACAGACCUCUCCUCCCUCUCCUCCUUCUCCUCUGUCUCUGACAGAGUAGCAGUGUAUGUGGACUGUCCUGUUGGCACUCUGUCCUUCUACAGAAUCUCCUCUGAUACACUGAUCCACCUCCACACCUUCAACACCACAUUCACUGAACCCCUUUAUCCCGGGUUUAGGUUCUGUGCUGCUUCCUCAAUGUCUCUGUGUUCCAACAAGUCAAGUUAAUUCAUAUAAAAGUUGCUCAGUGGUGCAUGAAGCCAAAAAAGCCACUUCCUGCUGAAAAGAAAUUACACAGAUGAAUGCAUACUGCCCAUAGAGCAUGCAUACCAGAGACUUCCACCGGUCGAGCUGGCUAACUUUCAGUUUAGCCCUCUGCUAACUUGGGGAUGGGGAUAAAAUGAUUCAAUCGUGUGGCUCUGCCAGAGUUUCCAAAUGUUAUUGGACCAAAUGGAUCACAUUCUGAUAGUAAAUGAGAUAUUUCAUGGGUUGUGAAGCUAAAAAAAUGUAUCCACUGUUUUACAACCACUCCUUUUCCCAUAAUUUUGUGCAGGAAAAAUGCUUUUGGGCCCCUGUUGGACCCUGAGGUUGUAAUAGGCUCAUUGAUAAUGAACCAGGCCUGUGCAGAAUAGAUCACCAGUGAUCACCGCACAAUGAAUACAGGUUAGAUUUUUUUCCGACUUGAUCCUGACUUCUGCUCUGACAUCCUGCACACAUGAGCAAUGAUGACCUGACAAGAUGGAGGUGCCGCAGUUGUUGGAGCUGCAGCUGCUCUCCACUGACUGCAAGGAUCAGGGCAUGAUGGGAAAUGUCUGGCUUCCCUUGAUCAAAGAGCUGAUUGGCUCAGGUGUUGGAUCAACAAUAUUACGUUUUAUAGAAACUCUUCAUUUUUAGUUUGAUCUUGAUUUUAUUAUUCUGAUCUUUUACUAAGAAUUCAGAUGUGUUGAUGACAACAUUUAUCAGCCAAAGAGAAGGAAAACAUUCAGUAUUCAAAUAUUACAGAUUGACACAAUACGAACAUUACAUUAUAAUUAAUUCUUGUCAGCAUUAUGAACUGAAACAACAUAAAACCUUUGGUAACGAGUGUGACUUGAAGAUUCUCUUCUGUACAGAUAUGAAGUCCUGACAGUCUGAAUAUUUGACAAAUCAAUGUCUAAUGUCUAUUUCUGCUCCUGUCCUCUUGCAUUUUGAGUACUGACUGGUGUAUUUAUGUAUUUAUUUGUUUGCACAUUGCAAAAUACAUACUUACCUUCUAAAAUAUUUUUUAAAAUUAUAUGUGUACACAGUCAUUCACGUAUAUGUUACAAAAACACACUUUUACCUGCAUAUACUCAGCUAUACAUUCAUUUAAAGUAAAUAAACAUUUGUGCAGGAGAGGCAGGAAUGGAAGGAUGCCAAGACCUCUCCCAAGUACUCAAUACAAGAUUUUACAUUGAAUAAAAUAAUUUAAUUUCG